AUGCCUAAUGGCUGGUCGUUGGAUGUCGAAAAGUCGAAGUCGUCGAUGUUCUUCCGUCAAGUGAAAAUGUGGAUUUGUGCCCUAAGCGAAGUGCGGGCCACUAUAUCCGAAAGGACCAUAAUAAUGUCACUCGCAUCGCGGCCCAAGCCGACCUCGCGAGUGAGCUCUCAACGCCUUCCUCCGCCAUCGUUAUUUCAGGGACCUCCAUCUCGCAAUGAAUCAUCUAACUCGUUGCACGGCUUAGUGCCUGGAAACCAAGGCCCUGCAUCUGCUCAAAGACCGGGUCUUCAAAGAUCCAGGUCGAGGAUGUCUACCAUAUCUCCCAGCGGCAACAGAAACUUAUCACCUUUUCUGAGCCGAACACAGUCGCCAAGGGAAACCGAUAGUGCUGAAAUCCAAUGGCAAGAAAUGCAAAAUACGCUAGGUGAAGUAGAACUAAGUGCUUUUAAGGGAGAGCAUGUAUUUGGGGAAGAACAUUCAAGGGCUCUAGAGGAGCUGCGCUUAAAACAGCUCAAGUUAGCUCAAACUUGGACAAGAAAUGAAGCAGACGAAGUGGAUGAGAAUGAAUCGAGAGACACCAAUGGCCAGUCAGAUCAGAAAUCAAGCGGUGUACAUCGUGAUCAUGGGAGUACGACGACGAUAGAUGGAGCUGCGACAUAUAAGGCACUGGAAGCAGAAACCGAGAAAGAUCUACAACAAGCUCGGAAGAGACGAUUAGCGAAUGAUCAGUAUUUUGAUCGCGUCAAUAACGGUGUGCUAGAUGUUGUUGCGAGCUUGGAGGAAGUUGCACAAGCGAUGCGCACAGUGAGAAAAGAGAGUGAAGAUAUUUGGAAUGAUACAGCGAGUGAGAGUCUCAACGUAACGGGAGACUCGACAACUGGAUGA